AUGGCCCCCCGUGCGCAUUCCAAGACCUCGCGUGUCCCUCGUCGACCCUUCGAGUCUGCUCGUCUGGACUCGGAGCUGAAGCUCGUCGGUGAAUAUGGCCUGCGCAACAAGCGUGAGGUCUGGCGAGUCGGUUUGACUCUGUCCAAGAUCCGUCGUGCUGCCCGUCAGCUUCUUACCCUCGACGAGAAGGACCCCAAGCGACUUUUCGAAGGCAAUGCCCUGAUUCGCCGUCUCGUCCGUGUCGGUGUCCUCGACGAGUCUCGCAUGAAGCUCGAUUACGUGCUCGCCCUCAAGAUUGAGGAUUUCUUGGAGCGCCGCCUGCAGACCUGCGUCUACAAGCUCGGUCUCGCCAAGUCCAUCCACCACGCCCGUGUUCUGAUCCGCCAGCGCCACAUCCGCGUCGGCAAGCAGAUCGUCAAUGUUCCCUCUUUCAUUGUCCGUCUCGACUCCCAGAAGCACAUUGACUUCGCCUUGACCUCACCAUUCGGCAGCGGCCGUGCUGGCCGUGUCCGCAGAAAGAAGGCCAAGGCCGCCGAGAAGGGCGAGGAUGGAGAGGAGGAGGAGGAUGACGAGUAA